AUGAAGAGGAAGAAUAUCCAUCUAUUCUUUUAUGUCCUCAUACUAUCAUUUAUUUUAUAUAAUAAAAUUAUAAACGUUUUGAACUUCCCUAUUAAUAAUGGCAUAAAUAAAAAGGAUGAUUCAAAUUUAAAGGGAGGGAAGGAUGAAGAUAGUAGUAGUAGUAGUAGUAGUAGUAUAUCUACUGCUGUGUUUUAUUUGUCUGAUGAAAGAAUAUAUAUUAAUGAACAACAUUUUACUAAUAUCAAAAUACUUCAGAAUAUAUUAAUGGAACACAUAAAAUCAAAUGAACAUAAAAAAGAAUUAGAAGAAUUAGGAUUAUUAAAUAUAAAAUCCUUAUUAUAUGAAGAUUUUAAACAAGAAAUAUAUAAUAGUAUGAAAUUAAUAUUUCAAUUUAUAAAACAGAAUUUUUAUUCUUUAUGUAAAUAUCUAAAUGAAGAGAAAAAAAGAAAUAAUUUAUCUGCAAAUAAUUAUUUAUCAGAUGAUCAAAUAUAUUCAGUAAUUAAAAAUAAAAUUAUGAAUACAAAUGUAGAUAAAAAUAAGAAAUUUGGCGAUUUAUUAAAUUAUAUAAUAAAAUUAAAAAAAAUAUUUAAUAUAUCUUUUUCAAUGAAUUUAGAAAAAGAAAUAAGACCAAUUAUAUUAAUAACACAUGUUAAUCUAGCUAAUAAUUCGGUACAUAUUAAUAUAAAUAAUAAUAUGACUGAAGAAUCUAUUGAUGAAAUGAAAAAAAAUGGUUCUUUAAAAAAAGAUAAAUCUGUAGAAGAAGUAUCUAAGAGUAUUCUUAAUCCUAUAAAAACAAAUAGCUUAUUUCUUAAAAUAUCGAACUCUUUAAAGUGGCCUUUACAUUUUUAUAGAAAUUUAUGUUAUAAAAAUAAUUAUAAGGUAGCAUCCGAAAACUGGGUUAGCUAUUUUUAUGAUCAUAAUGAAACCUUGUGUCAUGUAGAAACUUGUGGUACAGGGGAUUGUUUAUUUCUAUCAUUACAAUAUUUAUUACAAAAUAAUGGUAUUAAAAAAAAUAAUUUUGUUGUAAAUAAAAAUGUAAAAGAAAGUAAAUUCAUACCAUGGUAUAUUGAAAAAGUCAAACAAUCGAAUAAGGUAAAUUAUGACGUAACCGAUUUGAGAUAUAUAACUACAUUUUAUGUUAUCAAAUAUUUCCCAGGAUUUUCUUUAGAUAAUGAUAUAGAUGAGAAUAAUAUAAAUGACAAGUUAGAUUUGCUUAUAAAUUUAGAGUUAACCAAUUAUUAUUUAGAGAAGGAUUUGAUGUAUGAGGUUAUGAAGAAUAAAGCCCCCACAGUGAAUCAACAGGAAAAUGGGAAAGAAACGGUUCAAGAGGAGCAAAAUAUGGAAGAAGGUGAUAAAAUAAAAAAUGAUGAUAAAAUAAAAAAUGAUGAUAAAAUAAAAAAUGAUGAUAAAAAUGUGACACAAGGUGUGGAUGAAGAAAAGGGUCUCUUUACAAAUAAGUGUAAUACUACAGGUAAAAAUAAUAACAACAACAAUAAUAAUAAUAAUAAUAAUAAUAAUAAUAAUAAAAAUAAUGAUAACAAAAUUGAACAUGAUGUUACAGGUCCAUAUUAUAAUCAUAUAAACCAACAUAAUAACAAUGUAGAAGAAAAAUAUUUAGCCCAUUAUAAUGAUGAUCAAAAUCAUAUAAACAAUUCAAACAAAGAAGCAGAAGAAAGUACAGAGCACUCUAAUUUAAAUUAUGAUUAUUCUUAUGAAUAUGAAAAUGCUUUUAAUCCAAAUGGUAGGUUUAGUAGUUUUAGUAGUGCUAGUAGUGAUGAAGAUACAACUUACACAAAUAAAAAGGCCAACAUUUUAUUAUCUUGUUCAGAAAAUAGAGAGAAUACCAAAGUGGAUUCAUCAUUACUUACAAAAGGGGAUAAUCAUGAUAAUUAUAAUGAUGAUGAUAUAAAUAAAGAUAAGGAAAAUAUUUUGAAUAGUGAUGAGAAUUUGAACCCUGAAGAUGAUUUAUAUAGUAAUAAAGAAAUUACCAUAUACAAAGUUAAUAACAAUGAAGGAUCUAAAGGCUUGAAAAAUAAUAGAAGAUACAAAAGUGAACCACAUUAUAGAAUCGUUUAUAGGAAUAAUAAAUCAUCGAAUACUACUAAUAAUUAUAUUUCACCACAUUUUAUGAAUGAAGAAAAUAUUGAUGAAAAUAAUAAAAAUGUUCCUUUUAGUAAUAAUAAUGAUAAUAAUAACAAUAAUGGUGAUAAAAAACAAAAAAGUAUUAAUGAUAAUAAUAAUAAUGUGGAUGAAAAAAAAGAAUCGUAUGAUAAUAAUGUAUCUAGUUAUAAAUCCAUAAGUGAAGGUGCAAAAAAGAAAAGUACCAAACAACAAGGUAUUAUUAAUUAUUAUGAAAAACGGAGAUGUACUAAUAAUAAUUCUAGAUCAAAGUCCCUGCCAUCUAAGGGAAAAAAAUUAGGUAGUAAUGAAAAGUAUGCGUACAAUCGAUUUAAAAGUAAUCCAAUCAAUAUGAACGUUAAAAAUAAAUUUAAGGAUGAUAACAACGAUAAUAAUAAGAAUUAUAAUAAUGAUACAAUAUAUGUUAAUGAAAAAGAGAAAAGUGGUACAACAAGUAAAAGCUUUUUUCAAAAAAUAAAAAGUAUGUGUUAUGAUAAUCAUGAUGAUACAGAUGAUUAUUCUGAAAUAUUAGAUGAAGUACAGGAUUUAGGUUAUAGAUUAUAUGAAUUAAUUUUUAUAAAAUUAGUAUCGUUAUCAAAAAAUAAAUUAAAAUUAAACGAAUUAAUGAAACUAUCAAAAAAUGACUUAAAAAAAUUACAAGGAACAGAUCAUAAAGUAAGGGUAAUUGGUUCCAAUAUGUUUAGUAAGAAAUUAUCCGAAGGUAGUGUGCUUCCAUUUUAUACAUUUCUUAAUAUUAAAAAUAAAUUAAAUAAUCCAUUUAGUAAUAUGGAUUUUAGUAAUAAAGAUUAUUAUAUAGUAGUUAUGAAAACAACCUUUAAUAAAGAUAUUAAAAGAAAAAAAGAUGGAUUAGUAACUCGAAGUUUAAUAUUAAAUCAUAGAGGUGAUUCUAUAUCUUACUGGUCUAUAAAAAAUAAUGAUUUUCAUUUUACAUGUGAUAAUAAAGUAAUACAAACCAAAACAAUUGAAGAAAAGGCAUCAGCCUUUUUUUAUGAACGUACAAGAUUAGGACAUGUUCAUUGGGGAGAUGAAACUGAUUAUGAUGCUUUCCAAAAAAUGUUUAAUAUUGGUCUCAUAACAUUUAUGAAUAAUAACACAAAUUUAUUCUUUUCUAAAGGCACUUUUAAACAAUAUCCAAUACAUUUUCUCAUAUAUUAUUAUUCAGGUAUUCACUUUGAGCCUGGUGUGCAUGUAACGUUGAAUGGAAAAACGGAAACAUGUCAUUCUUCAUACAAGACGGGCGAUAUACCAAACUCUUUUAUGGAGAUACCAGAGAAAUGA